GAGAAAACCUUCAGGCCAGGCGUCAAUCUGUUCUACCAACAAGCAUGUUUGUUUGUCUCAUGCUGGAGGGGAACUUAAAAUUUUCGGUCAGCUGGUAAUGAGCUCUAGCGUGGUCGCAGCGCUAGUUAAGUUCUGUGAAACGCUUGGUGACAAGUCAGCUGAUGUGAGCUCAAAAUUACGCGUUCUAAGUACUCUCAAUGAAGUAGCACUCACUCUUAGUGAAUUAUCAGAGUCAGGUGUUGGUCGAGCUGUCCGUAAACUAAAAAAUGAACCUGGGGAACUUGGACAAACUGCACGAACACUCAUAUCAAAAUGGAAGAAUUUGCUUAGUGAGCAUAUAAAACAAGAGUCCAUUAGUCUUCCUAUUCCUGAAAAUCCUGAAGACAAUGUUACAUAUGAUAAGUUAAAAACUUCAGACCAGACUUGUAUUUCAAACACUUUAUCGUCAUCUGUUGGUGAAAAGAAAACAAAAGUGGUUAGUAGUCCUUCAGAUAACGUGAAGAAAAGUGUGAAAAACGUGUCACCUACAAAUUCACACAAAGUAAUCUCUAGUUCUUCACAUGUUUCACCGCUUUACAACAAUUCUCCAACUUCAAGUUAUGCUGUAAACGGUUCUUCAUCGCAUAAUUUAUGUUCAUCUCCUAAAACUCCACAAAAAUCUCCAAAUAACAAAAACAAAUCUGCAUCUGGCAAAAAACGAAAGUCAGUAGAGGUUUUGGAUUCAAUUGAUUCGUCUAGUGGUAUUUCGUUUAUGGAUUCACUAAAUGUCGGCUUAAGUACUCGAACACACCGAAAGAAAAAAUGUAAUCAAGCUGUUGUUUUGGAUUCUGACACUAGUUGUAGUGGCAGCAAAAAGCCCUCAAUAAAUAUAAAUACUCCAAAUAUACCACUUCGUCCAUCUGAAGCAUUCAGUGCCGAAAUCAUUUCUUCCCUCUCUGAACCGGUUAAUCGUCCAGACAUUGUCCAUCACUCACCUGUUGCUGAAGUUAAGGAAACAACUGAUGAAGAUGAUUUCGAAAGUGGUGAUUUGAAAUUCAAAUCAAAGAAGGUACUUUGGGUACCGAAACAGAAUCGUUCAGCACUCCCGCUUCCCGGUCAUUCAAAUUUGUCAGAUGACUUCCCUGGUUUCUUUGAUCCUCCUAGUUUAAUUGAUCUUUGUAUUGAUGUACUGUCGAAGAAUAUAAGUCGUGUUGAUCAUGUUGGUCAAGUGCCUUAUGAGUUAAUAGCUAAGGCUUUACGUAGUGCUUCUGUUGAAGAUUUAACUCGAAUUGAACGUUACAAUCCUCAAUUUGUUGGUUUAAGUGAUGAUUUAUGGCAAAAAUAUGUGAAUAGAGAUUUUCAACACUUAUCCAGUGUUCGUCGUAGACCAGAUGAAACAUGGUGUGAAUUUUAUAAUCGAUUGUCUAAAGAAGAAGCAAAGCGCUUAGAUAGAAUCAUAUCACAAUCUGCACGUAAGGUGAAAGAAGAGCAAGAAAUGCGACGAACAACCUUGACUACAGAAGUGAUUACACCUCGUCAAAUGCAACGACGUGGUUCACGGCAGAUUAACAACAAUGGACCUAGCAACAAAACGCUGCCCAACUUUAAACCUCGUAAUAUGAGUCAUCCAUCUCCAGAUGUACGCGGUAAAGUGAGUCGUCCAGUCGCUUCCACAUCAAACACAAAUACCUCAAGUUCUAGCGGCGGCGGGGGUGGUCUCUUAAGUAAGCUGCGCAAGCAAUUCCACUCUGGUCACCUUAGAUAGUAGUUGUGCAAAUAAAAAUAAUAAUUAUAAUAAUAUUUAAUAGUUUUAUAGUCCAUAAGUUUGUAAAUUUAUGCGUGAAAUGAAUUUGCUCUCACUUCCUCCACUGUGAUCUAACUUCUUUGAAUAUUUAUAAAUUGAUUCUAUCAUCCAAUUUGUUCUUAUUUUUAAAUCUUAUAUUUUAUAUUUCAACACUUACGCUUUAGAAAAUAGUUCCUCUAACAUAUUUUCCUAUACUAACUACUGUCGUGUGUGUGUUGUGUAUGACGUGCAUCUCAGGUAGUAGAUCUUUACUCCUUACUAAUCGAUUUCCUUUUCUUUUUCUAAUCUUUGAGGCUUAAUAAAUGUUCUGUGUGUGUAUAUUCUAGUUCUUUUUUUGGUGUUUUUAUUAUGCAUUAAUGCUUUGUUGUGUCCAUAUUGUCAUACUUUGUCUUUUGCUCCUUCUUCUCUCCGUAUUUCACUUCGUUUAUGAUUUCAGUUAUUGUGAGUGGUGGUGCAUCAUAUUUACCCUUUGGAAUGAGUUUAUUGUCCCCUACACUCCCCUACACACACACACACACAUCAGUUGUGUUCUAGUCGUUUUUAGCUUUCUUUUAUAUUUGAUAUCCCUGUGUUUGUGGAUUUAAAUGGCAUAAGUGUGUACCUGUGUGUGUGUGUGUUUGCGUGCAAUUUUUCUAUCUUAAGUUUUAUACUCUCCCCUUGUAAAUAAUAUAACCUAUUAAGGCUUACUUUCAUACUAAUAUCGUUAAUAAUGAUAAUAUUUAUUGAUUAAUUAUUUAAUGACUGUGAACAUGAUCAACACCUUUUUUUCCUUUUUUAAUGGCUGAUUUUAUUGUGAGAAUUUCUUUUUCACAAUUACAUCCUCCAAGUUUAUAUAUUUACGUUUUCUUGUUUACUGGGUACCCUUUUUCAUAUAUAUAUAUAUAUAUAUA